AUGGCGUGGCUUCAACCGGAGCCGAUGGAGCCAAUUCCGGAAGAGGGUACAGAGGAUGCGGCCGAAUGGACGCUGUCGCCGACGAGCAGCACCGGGCGACGGACGACCACUCGAAAACGCGAGAUCUUCACCUCGGAACAAGUGGACACCCUCGUCAGUACUGUUCCAAAGGAAAUCGUACCGGCCGAGUGGGUCAUUGAGAACGAGGUCGUUGAUCCAAUGAUGGCCACGUCAUACGUAACGGAAUCGUUAAUGGGACCGACUAGUGCACGUGGUUCAUCAUACACCUACACUUACGAAUCACAUUACGAUAAUCCUCCGGAAAUCGAAGAUGAGGAGGACCGGUACGCUGCUGUCGAAGAAGGCACAACUCAUCAGACACAUAAGGUCACAAGAGUGACGAAGGUCACGACUACACGAUCGCCCUUUUCUGAUAUUUACUUCGACGCAUCAGGACUUCCUACUCCAUCUCCUGUUGUGGAGCUGGGAGCACCUAUAGAAGAUCUCGGAAUUAGCCGUUCAGCGCCGCCUCCAGCACCUCCCUUAGGCAGUCGAUAUGUCAAUAUGAGUGAAGAGCGGGACGUUCCUGCUGCUCCAAGCGCUCCUGAUGUGGUUGGCACAGCGAUAGGUGAAGUAACACUGACCUGGAGUGCUCCUCUGCAGAGGCCGGGUGACCGCAGUAUAUUGGGCUAUCAGAUUGAGUUGCGUGAGUUUCCCGAUGGAGACUGGGAACGAGCACACGAUCAGCUGUUGCGGGACACAACCUGCACA